AUUUUGAUUUUUGCCAAGUGUUUACAUUAUCGACUGAUAAAGGUUUUCUAAAUUAAACAUGACUGCCUUAGAAGAUCCACGAACCUAUGUUUUGCCAAAACCUGUAUCGCAAAUUUCACACAAAGGACUUCGUAUUACAGCUCGAAGCGAUGUUGUUUACACUGCUUGUGUUCCUGACAGACAUCAGGUUGCUCAACAGAAUUAUUUUCGACGAAGUUAUCAAAUGAAAAAAUGUGGUUACAAUUCCCUACCACAUAAGCCGUACCAAACUGUUGGCAAAGUGUUCCUUGAUGAUAAAGAUCUUAUUUUAGUCACACUUGGUCAGAAACAGGGCGAAUCUCCACUUAAGGAAUCAAACAUAAAUUCUGUGGAAGAGAACAAACUAUCGGGCUGCGAUGUUGAGAAAAAUCCUGCUGCAAUUGAUAUAAACAUUGAAUUGAAGUUAAAAAAUGAUUCACAAGCACCAUGUUUCUAUGCGCCAAAGGAAAAACUUGAAAAUAUUCAAACCCAGCUGUCGAAAGGAAGAAAAAUGAUGAAUGCUGUUCGCUUGGGUUUCAAUUUGUUUCGUUUUAUCAAAGAAGAACAAGAACGAAAGGCAAAAAUUUCUGAGAUUGAAAGACAACGUAAACUAGAAAAAGUCAAGAAUAGCAUGCAGAUUAUAUCUCCUUGUGAGACUUCUGAUGAAUCUGAAUUUGAAGAAAAUGAAAAUUUUGCCGACGGAACGACAACUCGUAAAGAUGAAGACUGCAAAGAUUUUUUGAAUUUGGACAAAAAUACUGAAGAGACAAGUUGUGUUCAUUCAUUUUCUCCCAAGUCAAGAACUUCAGAAAGAGUUAUUUCAAGAAAAAAACCACGCAGCUCAUCUUUACGACCAUAUUCUCCAGUAUAUUCCAACAUUAACUAUUCUGUUUUGGAUUCGAGACAAUGUGUAUUUCGUCAACUGUGUGCCUUAAAUUGGAUUCUUGACGCUAUGUCUCAAGAUGUUUUUCCACCAGCUGUUCAACCAAUUGCUAAUUGUUGGAAUUUAAAAUAUUUAGAAGAAGAAGUUCGAACCUCACGCAAAAAACUUGAGAAGAAAAAACAAUCUGAAAAUAAUUGGCAAACACUUCUAGUAAAUCCAGCUCGUUUUUCACAGCGAAGUCAUCGUAAAGUUAGGCGGCGUAUAUCGGUUCAUCCGCAGCAUAUUCAACGACUUUCUGGAGUUACAAAUUCAUCAUCAAACGCGAACUUAAUGAAACGAUCCAUUUCACCUAUUGAACAGAAAGUAGGCAGUUUAUCCAGUGCUGAUGCUAUUGAUGCUCCAACUACGUCAUCAAGUGGUGUCGGUCAAGAAAAAGGUACAGCUGACAAUACUGAGGAAUUAAAAGGAAAAGUUAUUUUCCAAGAAAAAAAAGCUAUGUCAGAUAAUGAGAAACGAUUUUCAUGUAUAAAGUCACUUAAAGCGAUGAAUUCAAAUGAACAAAAAUCAGUAAACGAAGGGAAAACCUUUUUAUCUCGCGAACAAGUGACAAAACUUGCGACACAAGAAACAGAUGUUGUUUCGAAAAAGCCUGAGACUCGUGUGAGGGACUGGGUUCGAGAAACAGAUCAGCGUAGCUCAAAAAUGCGAUUUCUUACGGCAGCUUUGGGAACAUUUGGUGUUAUUCGUCUGAGCAAUAAUAUUGACGAAACUCCUUCAGAAAUGAGACGAAAGUUCAGUGAAGUAAAUGAAGAAAGAAAUAUCAUGUUACAUGAUAAACUUGAGAAAAACAUCAAAAGACGAUGGCACGUUUUAAGACGAAAGUUUAUCAGACUUCAUGGAUCGGAUCAUAUACAAAAGGCUCUAGAUGUUAUACGUCAUGACAGUUAUUCAGAUGAGCUCGUAGAGACUGGGGCCGAGAUGAGAGAACGUGUUAGCAAGGAGUGUGCUUGGUACCAAGGCCUUGUAAAUAUAUUUCCAGAGAAUGUAAAAAAUGAUCGAUCCAUUGGUAUUAUCCUUAACAAAAUAGCUCAAUACGGCUCGUUAGAAGGAAGGAAAGUAAGUUCUCAACAUUUUUUAAAAAUCUUGGCAAUAUUGAGACCUUGGGAACUGCGCUUUCCAGAAAUAGCAGCUGCUAUAGAGUUUGUGCGUGAAAAUGUCGUGAAUCUUUCAACUGUGGAUUAUGAUGAUUGGUUGACAUCUUGGAAUUUACCAAGAACACAACCUUGAUCAACUCAAUCAUUUCUACGAAAUAUAUCCAAAGAGAAUCAACGGAUUUAAAAGAAUAAUUUCAUCAACAAGCUUGAAAGACCUGAUGUAUAAAUAUAAAAUCUUUAAUAUGCAUGACGAACUCACAAACAUAUUUCCUUGUGCGGCUUAAAGUAGAAAAGAUAAUAUGUAUUAUUAUUAAGUCACAAUUUUGUAAAAUGAAACAAAUCACUUGGACAUUUGUAAUGUUCGAAAAUUUCUAUGAUAUGAUCGUUUUUGAAUUAUAAUAUUUAAAUAAAGUGAAUGAUUUGAACGCGG